CCGCCGUCUCUCCUCGCGGCAGGCGCGGUUCCGCCAUCGCCGCGCCGCAGCGUGUCCCGUGUGCCUGGGCCCAUCCGCGCUUCCCGAGACUCUCCGCUGAGCCCCGCCGGGCCCGGCCCCGCGCCCCCUGCGCCAUGGCCGCGUACAAGCCAGUGGUGGUCCAGGCAUGCCCCAAGCUCGGGGAGAAGAUCACGCAGGACACGCUCUACUGGCGGGGAUACAAGACGCCUGUUCAGAUGAAGGAAUUCGGUGCCAUAACUAAAAUUGACUUCUCCCCAAUCCCGCCCUAUAACUACGCUGUCACAGCAUCCUCGAGGGUAAGUGGCUUUUCUGAGGCUUUGACGCUGUUGCUCUUCAGCUGGUCUCGCAGAGGAAGAUGCAACGCCCUCUUGUUUUGCCAGGUCCAGAUCUACGGCCGUUACUCGCAGGAGCCCAUCAAGACGUUCUCGCGGUUCCGGGACGCGGCGUACGGUGCCACCUUCAGGGACGACGGGCGCCUGCUGGUUGCCGGCAGCGAGGGCGGCCGCAUCUGCCUCUUCGACGUCAACGGCAAAUCGCCGCUGAGGCAGUUCGAGGGUCACACCAAACCAGUUCAUCUAGUGGGCUUCCUGUCCGAUAAGUACCGAAUAUUUUCUGGUAGUGAUGAUUAUUCAUCAAAUUUGUGGGAUAUUCCAAGUGCCACAAAUAUCACGUCUUACAGUGAACAUACUGAUUAUGUGAGGUGCGGCUGUGCAAGUAAAUUGAAUGCAGAUGUCUUCAUAACAGGUUCUUAUGAUCACACUGUGAAACUGUUUGAUGCACGAAUAAAGAGUAGUGUCAUGACAAUAGAACACGGCCAUCCUGUGGAGAGUGUGCUUCUGUUUCCAUCUGGUGGACUUUUAGUAUCUGCAGGAGGUCGAUAUGUCAAGAUUUGGGAUGUACUAAAAGGUGGACAGUUACUAGUUUCACUUAAAAAUCACCAUAAAACUGUAACUUGUUUGUGCCUGAACAGCUCUGGACAAAGGUUAUUGUCAGGAUCCCUGGACAGGCAUGUGAAGAUUUACAGUACUACAUCCUACAAAGUAGUCCACAGCUUCAACUAUGCAACAUCCAUCCUCAGUCUUGCAUUGUCGCCUGAAGAUGAAACCAUAGUUGUAGGCAUGACCAAUGGGGUGCUAAAUGUUAAACACAGAAAACCAGAAGAAAAGGGUGAAAACUCUCAAAAGAAGAGACAACCAGCAUACAGAACCUAUGUGAAAGGAAGAAGUUACAUGCCAAAACAGGAAGAUUUCUGUGUCAGUAAACCUGCAAAACGUGUUUUGAGAAAAUAUGAUAAGCUGCUGAGAAGCUUUCAGUCUUCCAAGGCUCUUGAUGCAGUAAUGGAGCCACCCAUCAUGCUUCAUACUCCUGAAGUCACGGUUGCAGUCAUGCAGGAGCUACAUCGCAGAGGAACACUGAGGAGUGCACUUGCAGGCCGAGAUGAGAAACAAGUUAAUCUCCUGCUUACUUUCGUGGCAAGGCGUGUGAUUGAUCCUAGAUUUACUCCUGUGCUGGUGAUUGUUGCCGAUAUGAUCACUGACAUUUAUCAGCCUGUGGUUGGGCAAUCAGAGAUAGUUGAUAAACAGUUCUUGAAACUCCAGCAAGCUAUUGGAAAAGAAAUUGACUAUCAAGAAGAACUGCUAGAAGUUUUGGGAAUGAUGGAUACACUGUUUGCUACUUUUACUAAGAAAAGAGAUACAAGUCUAGAAGAGAACAAAAACAAUGGUAUUACAGAGAUCAUUCAAACAAAUAGAAUGUACUGACACCCAUCACAACCAAUUGACACAAUUGUGAACUUGAAAGACAUGACCUGUUUUCCUGGUAACUUCUUAUAAUAGUGACUUUCAAAAUAAGCUUCUAUGUUGAAAUUCUGUCUUUUAAAUUGUGUUGCUGAAUAGGCUUGGUUACUGAAGACAGAGAAAGAGGACAUUUUCAAGAUUGUCCAUGCAGUUUUUUUCAAACAAGUUAGUUUUACAGUUCUGUUUCAGAGUUACAUAACUUCUUAAGGAUUUACAUGGCCUGAUUUUUAAUAGGGGCAGGGCUUUUGGGGUGGCUUCUUUAAGAAGCUGCCAGAAGCUUGCUUCACGUUUGGCAGAAUCAGUCUCUGGUGGCUCCAAAAGUGGAUGUGCCGCUGGCCAGGGCUGGUCCAGCAAGAAAUGGGGAUAACAAAGUUACUAUGCAGUUGUAAUUGUGGCCAGAGAAGAGCAGAAUGAGAACAUGUGAGAAGGACAACCCUGUGGACACCGAGGUCAGUGAAGAAGGAGGAGCAGGAGAUGUUCCAGAUGUUCCAGAUGCUCAGGUUCCCGUGGAGAUCCGUGGGGAAUGCAGAGAUCCAUCUGCAGCCCAGGGAGGAGCCCACGCUGGAGCAGGUGGAUGCCUGGGAGGAGGCUGUAAUCCCAUGGGAGAUUUCUGGAGAGAAGGGCCCUGCUCCCAGGCUGGAGCAGCCUGUCCUUGGAGGACUGCACCCCGUGGAAGAGUGACCCAUGCUGCAGCAGUCUGGGGAGGACUGUGUGCCUGUGGGAUGGACUCACUGGAGAAGUUCAUGGAUCCCGUGGGAGGGGACCCCACAGUGCAGCAGGGGAAGGACUCCUCUCCCUGAGCAGUGGGAGAAGCCACGGGUCAGGAACUGACCAUAACCCCCACUCCCUGUCUCCUUGUGCCAUGGGAGAGGAGGUGGAACUGGGAAGGAGGAAGGGUGGGGGUUGGAAGGUGCUUUUAAGGGUUUAUUUACUUCUCAUUGUCCUGCUGGAAUUUUAUUUAGUAAUAAAUGUAAUUAAUAUCUUUAAGUUGAA